CGAACGCAAACAACUCUCUCGAAGAGCCAAAUUCUGCCUCUUCUUUCUCCCGCGACCGUCCAUUUCCAAUUCCCCUUCUCAAACCCUAAUCCAAAUUGUUUCAUCUUAAUUCCCGCCCUGAAACCCUAAUCAUCCCCCUCCCCCUCUUUUUAAUAGAGUAAGAACUUUUUCUUUUAUCUCCCCCCCCCCAAAAUCAAAACGAAGACUCGCCACCAUUAACUGCCUUGAAAGAAAGGAGCCAUGGAUAUUAAUGUUGGAGACAAAACACUGGAACUAAAUGGGAGGGAAGAUCUUAAGAGGCCUUUGCUGGAGCCUUCAGAUAGUGUUUACGUGACUAUACCUGAACCUAUGGAUAAGUCUGGAAAGAAGAGAACAGUGAUGUUCAAAAUUGGGGAUAUCAAGUGUGCAUCUUGUGUUGCUUCCAUAGAAGCUGUGCUUGGAGAGCUCAAGGGUGUUGAGAGUGUAUCAGUGUCGCCAAUUCAUGGUCAAGCAGCAAUUGAGUAUGUUCCGACGCUCGUUAAUACGAAACUGAUUAAAGAGACAAUAGAGGAUGCUGGUUUCCCUGUGAAGGAGUUUUCAGAGCAAGAAAUAGCAGUCUGCCGGCUCAGGAUUAAGGGAAUGGCAUGUACAAGCUGUUCAGAGUCCCUUGAACGUGCUCUGAAGUCCCUCGAUGGAGUUAAAAAGGCAGUGGUUGGUCUAGCUCUCGAAGAAGCGAAGGUUCACUUUGAUCCAAAUGUUACUGAUUCUGAUCGCAUCGCUGAAGCAAUAGAAGAUGCUGGAUUUGGAGCCGAUCUCAUUAGUUCUGGAAAUGAAGUGAACAAAGUACAUUUAGAACUUGAUGGAGUGUCAUCUGUGGAGGAGAUGAAUACUAUUAAGUCCUACCUUGAGUCAGCCAUAGGUGUAAAUCACGUAGAUAUGGACUUGGAAGAAAACAUGGUCAUAGUCAACUAUGACCCAGACCUCAUUGGUCCGAGAUCUCUUAUUGAAGCUGUAGAAGAAGCUGCUCAUGGAUCCUACAAGGCGAGCUUGUAUAUACCUCCCAGACAAAGAGAAACUGAGCAGCAGCAUGAAAUUAAUUCCUAUAGGGAUCAGUUCCUUUUAAGCUGCUUGUUCUCAGUUCCUCUGUUUAUAUUCUCCAUGGUACUUCCAAUGCUUCCUCCUUUUGGUAAUUGGUUAGAGUAUAAGAUUUACAACAUGUUUACUGUUGGGUUGCUUCUGAGAUGGAUUCUUUGCACACCAGUACAGUUCGUCAUUGGCCAAAGGUUUUAUAAAGGGUCAUACCAUGCAUUGAGACUGAAAUCUGCUAAUAUGGAUGUUUUAGUAGCCAUGGGAACCAAUGCUGCAUACUUUUACUCUGUUUAUGUAGCAAUUAAGUCUCUAAGCUCGGACACAUUUGAAGGGCAAGAUUUUUUUGAGACAAGUGCAAUGCUGAUAUCCUUUAUUCUCUUAGGAAAAUAUUUAGAGGUGUUGGCUAAAGGGAGAACGUCAAAUGCUUUAGCCAAGCUGACAGACCUUGCUCCUGAUAGCGCUUGUUUGCUGACAUUAGAUGAUGAUGGAAAUGUUGUCUCAGAGGUUGAAAUCAGCACCCAACUAAUACAAAGGAAUGAUAUAAUCAAGAUCAUUCCUGGGGAGAAGGUUCCUGUCGAUGGCAUUGUCAUCGAUGGUCAAAGCUACGUGAAUGAGAGUAUGAUCACAGGGGAGGCACAACCUAUUGCUAAAAAGCUUGGUGACAAAGUCAUUGGUGGAACUAUGAACGAGAACGGAUGCUUGCUGGUCAAGGCUACUCAUGUUGGGUCAGAGACUGCACUUUCCCAAAUUGUUCAGCUCGUUGAAGCGGCUCAGCUUGCUAGAGCACCUAUACAGAAAAUUGCUGACCGGAUUUCUCGGUUUUUUGUUCCUGCAAUUGUUAUCACUGCAUUUAUAACUUGGUUGGGAUGGCUUAUCCCUGGAGUUAUUGGUAUUUACCCUAAACAUUGGAUUCCAAAGGGCAUGGAUAACUUUGAACUGGCACUCCAGUUUGGUAUUUCAGUGCUUGUGGUUGCUUGCCCAUGUGCUCUAGGACUAGCAACCCCUACAGCUGUCAUGGUUGCCACAGGGAAGGGUGCUUCACUUGGUGUGCUUAUUAAGGGUGGAAAUGCACUUGAGAAGGCACAUAAGGUGAAAGCAAUUGUGUUUGAUAAGACGGGGACAUUGACAGUUGGGAAACCUGAGGUUGUAAAUGUUGUGCUCUUUUCAAGUGUGUCGAUGGGAGAAUUCUGCGAUGCUACUAUUGCUGCAGAGGCAAAUAGCCAGCAUCCAAUAGCCAAAGCUUUCCUGGAGCAUGCUAGAAAAUGGCGUCAGAAGAUAGAACUUAACAAUCAAUCCAAUAACCAACAUCUUACGGAGGCAAAGGACUUUGAGUUGCACCCUGGCACUGGGGUGAGCGGGAAAGUUGGUGACAAAAUGGUCUUGGUUGGUAACAAGAGGCUUAUGCAGACUUACGAUGUCACAUUUGGUCCUGAGGUUGAGGGAUACAUUUCAAAAAAUGAGCAGCUGGCUCGAACAUGUGUCUUAGUUGCCAUUGAUGGUAAAAUUGCUGGAGCUUUUGCAGUAACUGAUCCAGUGAAACCAGAAGCUGAGCAUGUCAUAUCAUAUCUUCGCUCAAUGGGCAUCUCAAGCAUCAUGGUAACUGGUGAUAACUGGGCUACUGCAAAUGCCAUAGCAAAAGAGGUUGGAAUAGAGAAGGUGAUUGCCGAAACAGAUCCUUUGGGAAAAGCUGAUAGGAUCAAAGAAUUGCAGAUGAAAGGUUUGACUGUUGCUAUGGUUGGAGAUGGAAUAAACGACUCCCCUGCUUUAGUCGCAGCUGAUGUAGGCAUGGCAAUUGGUGCUGGUACUGAUGUAGCCAUAGAGGCAGCUGACGUAGUACUUAUCAAAAGCAACUUGGAGGACGUAGUUACGGCCAUAGACCUGUCCAGAAAGACCAUUUCACGCAUUUGGCUUAACUAUGUGUGGGCCCUUGGUUAUAACAUUCUGGGCGUGCCAAUUGCUGCUGGAAUCUUAUAUCCUUUCACUGGAGUCAGGUUACCACCUUGGCUAGCCGGUGCAUGCAUGGCCGCCUCCUCUCUUAGCGUCGUUUGUUCUUCUCUCUUGCUGCAGUCUUAUAGGAAGCCUUCGGUAUUUUAAGAUACAAAAGAACACAACCAUUUCUACAAA